AUGAAACGGCAAGUACUGUGGUUUAUUUCCUUCCUCUCUCUCGGCUCUGUGUUCGGGCAGGUUAGUUACUCCAUUCCGGAGGAAAUGGCGGCAGGCUCUUUCGUUGGUAAUAUAGCACAAGAUUUAGGUUUGGAUAUAAAAAGACUAAAAUCCGGCAAAGCUCGCCUGCAUACUGGAAAUAACGCAGAAUACAUCGAGCUGAAUAGAGAAAGAGGGGUGCUGCUGAUCAAAGAAAGAAUAGACAGAGAAGCAUUAUGCGGACAGACAACGCCGUGUGCUUUGCAUUUGCAGAUCAUUAUGGAAAAUCCCAUAGAAUUUUACAGGGUCACCGUCGAAAUUCUUGAUAUUAAUGACAAUGCUCCUCAUUUUCAGAAAGAUUCAAUGAAAUUUGACAUAAGCGAGUCCGCCAUGAUGGGUGCAAAAUUUGUUCUUGAAAGGGCCUUUGAUUCGGACAUCGGGAUGAAUGGCCUCCAAAGUUACUCACUCUAUCCUACCGAUAAUUUCUUUUUAAAGUUGUAUGGCCAAGCUGAUGAUAGUAAAAAGGUAGAAAUGGUUUUACAGAAACCGUUGGACCGAGAGAGAGAAGAGCAGAUAUCUCUGCUGCUAACUGCUAAUGAUGGGGGUGACCCAAAGAUGUCCGGAACUGUGCAGAUCCACGUUACAGUUUUAGACGCAAACGACAACGCUCCUGUAUUUACACAGACAAUUUACAGGGCUCGUUUGCAGGAAAAUUCCCCUAAAGGUACAUUAUUAAUUACAGUAAGUGCAUUAGAUGUAGAUUACGGUUCAAAUGGCUUAGUAACAUAUUCAAUGUCAAGUAGCACGGUGGGAAUUCUGAAUCAUUUUGAAAUAGACGAAAGCAGUGGUGACGUGCGUGUGAUAGGCGACGUUGAUUAUGAAAAGUCAAAACAAUAUCAAAUCGAUAUUGAAGCUAGGGAUCAAGGAGGGCUGUCAAAUUCUAGUAAGUUAGUGGUAGAUAUAAUUGAUAUUAAUGACAAUAAGCCCUUCAUCGAUGUUAUAUCAAAGUCACGUUUAAUUCCAGAAAGCUCUCCCUCCCACACCGUUAUAGCUGUAAUGACAGUACAUGAUCCUGACUCCGACGAUAACGGGGUAGUCAAGUGUGUCCUCGGUGAAAACGUUCCGUUUAUAAUAAAAUCUACUUCCAGUGGUUUCUAUAGCUUAGUGACAGACAAUGAUUUAGACAGAGAGAGAGCCUCUGAGUAUAAUAUUACAGUGACCUGCUCUGAUGAGGGAGUGCCCUCCCUCUCCAGCAGCGUCACUCUCACCUUACAGAUCUCUGAUGUGAAUGACAACGCGCCUGUUUUUGAGAGGAGCUCAUAUGAGGCCUACAUUGUAGAAAACAACACACCAGGCCUCUCUAUAUUCACAGUGAAAGCCAGAGACGCUGACUGGAACCAGUAUGCGCGUGUUUCUUACAUACUGGAGGACUCCUCUGUUAACGGAGUGCCAGUCUCCUCAUAUGUGUCCGUUAGUGCUGAUAGUGGAGUCAUCCAUGCAGUGCGCUCUUUUGACUACGAGCAGAUCAAAGACUUCCAGUUCCGCGUCAAAGCGCAGGAUGGAGGCUCCCCUCCACUCAGUAGCAACGUGACCGUGAAAAUAAUGAUCCAGGACCAGAACGACAACCCACCUCAGGUUCUGUACCCAGUCCAGACUGGUGGCUCUCUGGUGGCUGAAAUGGUGCCUCGUUCAGCAGAUGUGGGCUAUCUGGUCACUAAAGUGGUGGCUGUUGAUGUGGACUCUGGACAGAAUGCCUGGCUCUCCUAUAAACUGCAGAAAGCCACAGACAGGGCGCUGUUUGAAGUGGGCUUACAGAAUGGAGAAAUAAGAACUAUCCGCCAAGUGACUGAUAAAGAUGCUGUGAAACAAAGACUGACUGUUAUAGUGGAGGACAACGGGCAGCCCUCUCGUUCAGCUACAGUCAUUGUUAACGUGGCGGUGGCGGACAGCUUCCCUGAAGUGCCGGAGUUCACUGACUUUACACACGACAAGGAGUACAAUGACAACCUGACUUUUUACUUAGUGCUGGCUUUGGCUGUAGUUUCCUUCCUCUUCAUCACGUGUUUAGUGGUUAUUAUAUCAGUGAAAAUCUACAGAUGGAGACAGUCUCGCGUCCUGUAUCACUCCAAUCUCCCUGUGAUUCCGUAUUAUCCACCACGUUACUCAGACACUUUGGGGACAGGGACUCUCCAGCACGUGUACAACUACGAGGUGUGCAGGACGACUGACUCCAGAAAGAGUGACUGUAAGUUCGGCAGAGCUGGUAGUCAGAACGUGCUGAUAAUGGACCCCAGUUCUACAGGGACGAUGCAGCGGAUACAGAGUGAAACGAGCAUCCUGGAUGAGCCAGACUCUCCUCUAGAGGAUUCUUAA